CUCAAUUCUCAAACUAUGCACAUUUCAGUCGGUUAGCGAUCAUUUCGACUUCCCACCAAAAUGCUGAGACCGACAGUACAUACAUCUUUCAAACCUCUCUUCUAUCUCUACCCCCAGCAAAUCCGAACAUCAACCGCCGCCGCCGCCACCGCCACCUCCACUUCCCUAUCACAACCUCUCUACCCCACUACACCAAUCAACGAAGCCCUCAUCCUCCGAGUCUGCACAGUUCUCUACCAGCAACAGUACUCCUCCGUCGAGAAACUACGCAACAGCCUCCUGAAAACGUCCUUCGACCUCACCCACGAGUUCUUCCUCCAGGUAUGCAACAAAUUCCCCUACUCAUGGAGGCCCAUUUACAAGCUUCACGAGUUUGCGCUGACCCAGCCCGGAUUUUCACACACACCUACCACCCUCAACAAGAUGCUCGACGUCAUCGGAAAGUCGAGAAACAUCGACCUCCUGUGGGAUUUCCUCCAUGAGAUCGGGAGACGCCGUGCAGUCACCACGAAAACAUAUAUAAUCGCUUUGAAAACCCUAGCUUCAGCUAGGGAGCUGAAGAGAUGCGUUGAAAUUUUCCACAUAAUGAGCAGUUUCGGGUAUGAGUAUAAUGUGGGUGCUUUGAAUAAGGUAGUGGAGGCCAUGUGUAAAGACAAGCUUGUCCAAGAAGCUAAACAUGUGGUUAUGAAAUUGAAAGAUUCAAUAAAGCCCAAUGUGGUUACUUAUAGAUGGCUAAUAUAUGGAUUUUGCGAUGUGGGGGAUACAAUUGAAGCCUCCAAGAUCUGGAAUUUAAUGAUUGACUCGGGUUUCGAGGCCGAUAUUGAGUCGUUUGACACAAUGAUGGAUAGGCUAUUCAAGAACAACGAAUAUGGCCAGGCAUUGAAGCUUUUACAAUCCAUGAGAACAAACAGAAUGGAUGAUUUGGGGUUGCCUACGUACAGGCUUGUGAUCAAUUGGCUGUGCAAGAAGGGAAAGAUUGGGGAGAGCUAUGUAGUGUUUGAGGAAAUGUGCAAGAGAGGGAUUAAACCAGACCAUUCAACAUUAGCAUCAAUAAUUUAUGGGCUUCUUUGCAAGCGAAGGGUGAGGGAGGCCUAUGGGGUGCUGGGUGGAAUUAAGAUGCCUGAUAUAGUGGUGUUCCAUGGUAUGAUCAAAGGGCUCUUGAGGUUGAAAAGGCCCAGGGAGGCAACACAAGUGUUUAGGGAGAUGAUCAGUAGAGGUCGUGAACCGACAAUGCAUACUUAUAUAAUGUUGUUGCAGGGGCACUUGGGGAGGAGAGGGAGGAAAGAGCGAGACCCAUUGGUGAACUUUGACACCAUUUUUGUGGGAGGCCUGGUUAAGGUGGGGAAGAUGUUAGAGGCAACGAAAUACGCAGAGAGAUUGGCUUUCCGGAAGAUUGAGGUGCCGAGGUUUGAUUACAACAAGUUUUUGCAUUGCUUUUCGAAUGAGGAAGGGGAGGUCAUGUUUGAGGUGAUGGCCAAGAAACUGAGAGAGGUUGGUUCCUUUGAUUUGGCCGAUAUAUUUCAAAGGUAUGGUGAGAAAAUGACAACUAGGGACAAGAGAAGAAUCAGACAUGUUGUGUCAUAGCUGAGUUAGAAGACUGUGAAUCAAUCAUCUGAUCAUAUGCAUGUACAUACUGAAACAGAGAUUGAGACAUGAGGUAUUUUCGGAUUGAAAAAGGAAUGAAAAUAAAUAGUCUUGAGAGAAACCAAACAACAAAACCCUCCUAGUAUCAUACAUAGCAGAGAAAUCAAAUCAUAGAAGCAAAUAGCCAAUUAGUAAAUGAAUAAUGAAUUUAUUUUACAAAACUACCUCAAGAGAUAUGCUUUAAUUUUAGUUUAUGACUAUUUAGCUAUUUAAAAUUUAAUUUAACAAUUUAGUCCACUUCCAGCUAACCAAACAAGCCUCAGAGAGCAAUUUUUUUCACUUCAUUGGUGUUUUCUGUUAGUCAUGUUAUUUGAUUUACUAUGCACCUGUGGAGUAGUUGUAUGUUCCUUAAAUUAAAUAUAAUUAAUUUAAUUGUAACUUGAAUUCUAGGAGGAUCACAUUCUCCCCACUUCAAGGAUGCUUCGUCGCUGAAACUGAAACCAAACAAUACUAAGAUCAUAAGUAUGAGUAAUUAUCUUGCUCAAAGAUUUCCAGGUAGCGCUCACACAUGUUCUCAUAUCGCAUUCUCAGCUAAGUUGUUAGACCACAUCACCUUUACCACUUUCACACAUUUCCUCCUAGUCUCUCUUGUCUUAGUAUCAAGAAUUUUCACCUACUUUUCUUUAUAAGGUAACGUCUGAUCCAACUCAAUCACCUACACGUGCAUACGCAUAGCUUAUAGCUAAUUCUAAUUUGAAAUGUUAUGAAUUCUAAGGUUAGGAGUUUACCUCUGGUUUAAGGAUAUAUGAAGCAUCGUGCGUGUACUUCUAGUUUGAAAUGUUAUGUGUUCUAAGGACCUAAUACGAAGAAUAUUUUCCAUUCAGAUCUUAACGUCGAAUCUAAGAAUGAAUAUGAAAGAAAAUUUCAUACCUUAUCCAACUCGGUUGGCAAGACUAAAUGAUAAGCUAAGUUUCCCACUCGUUCAAGGAUUUUGUAUGGUCCUAUAAACUUGGGGCUUAGCUUGCCCUUAUUUUCAAAUCUCAUCACCCCCUCACGGGUGAGACUCUUAGUAGUACCUUCUCUCCACUUCAAAGUUCAAACUCCAUGAGCUUCCUUCCUUGAUCUGCAUAUGGCUUCUGUCGAUCUUGGGUUGUCUUCAUCCUUCCUUGAAUCAUCUUGAUUGUAUCUGUUCUCUCUUGUAAAUAUUGUGAUCCUAAGGCUACGACAUCCAUCAUGUCUCCCCGACAUAAUGGACUUCAGCACCUUUGACCAUAUAAAGCUUCAUACGGCGCUAUUGCAAUGCUUGCCUGAUAGUUGUUGUAUGAAAAUUCUAUCAAGUCUAGGUCAUCCUCCCACAAUCUUUUAAGAUGUAGAACACAGGCUCUCAUAUGUCCUCCAAUGUCUGAAUGGUCCUCUCCGUUUGCCCAUCCGUUUGAAGGUGAAAUGCCGAUCUUGAUGAUGAGUGCUGCGUUUGGUCACCUACUUUGAUAAUUAGUUAUUUACGUAUUCUUUUAAAUUUGAAGUUUGAGAACUGGGACAACUAGAUUUUUUUGGAUUUAAUUACUUAAAUACUUGGGUUUAUUUUGAAUUGUGGUUUAACCUGCGGUUAUGUGAGAACCAAGUGUGGCGAUAACACCUAAAGAAAGUUUUAUUUCCGCUGCAAUAUAAAUUAUUUUGAAUUUAAUCAUUUGGGGAAUGUUUUACUAAACUACUAUUUAUAGUAUGUAUUUUGGGUAAGAAUUUGGGGGUGUUACCAUCCAUAUGGUAUAGAAGUGUGUCUAGUUCAGGUGGCUGCCAGUUCUUAGAGAAUAUCGCAGGUUUCUGGGAUGACUCACCGAUGAAAGGAAAUUGAGAAAGUCGUUUUGAACCAAAGGCGAUCAGCUACUGAACACAAUGCUGCUUGUCUGUAGUAUCUACUUUAAGGAUUCCUUUUCCACACAAUUCAGCCUGGGACUGUGAGAAGCCGAUUAAAGUUUGCCAUAUUUUUGCUCUGAUUUGGUUUAGUUGCCAUCAUACAUACUUCUUUCUCGUAGUGGAUCUUUUUGGUGGACAAUGUCAUGAGAAAGUCAUCAAAACUUCAAAUAUCUCAUGGGGAUCAGGUACUUGAAGAACAGCAAAAGACAUUGGACAAGUUUCUCUUGGUUCUUCUGCUAAAUUAAAAGAUCUUUUUUUAGAGUGAGAACUAUGUGACAUGCUUCAAUGUUACUGACAUUUUUGCAUUGGGCACUAUGGAAGGUGAAGAGAAUGAAUUUCUGAUUGACAUUGUAAUAGAAACUGUUUGUCUCUUUCGCUUGUUAAGUGGAAGGAAUGUUUUUUGGUUUGCCAAUCUUAUUAUCACAGCACAGUGGGUACUCUGAUCUCUUCUGGGAGUUUGACAAAGAGGUCAGCAAUUCAUUUUACUUGUAUCACAAAACAAUUAUUUUAUUAGCCUCUAAUUUGUGAUUCCUGAUAUGGUUCUUUUUCUUUUAUUUUUUUUUAGUUGAACACGCUAUUCUUCAUUCACUCAGGACCAGUGUUUAUGGCUGAUUUAGAUUUUAGAUAGCGUGAGACCGUUUUGGUCAUUGAUGACUUCAGUAAACCCAAUAAAGUUUUAUAAGUUAUUCCAUACGGAUUACAUAUAAGAUAUAAAUCAACAUAAAAAAGUUUGAAAUUGAUCUUUUAGAAGAAAUUUAAGUUUAAAUAAUUGGCAUCCGAGCUACAUGAUCAUUAACAUCGAUUUGGGUGCUAAUUUGUGUAAUGUCCGCACAUACUGACAUAUGAGUUGCUCACUUGCUUGUAACAUACUCCCUCCGUCCUAAGAUCAUGGUCAGAAGUCCAAAUUGUUAAAUUUGGACUCUGUUUAUAUGAAAACAGUGUUUAGACUUCGUCAAUAUUGUUUUCCCCUGCAUCUGUGCACCGUCAAUAAAAUACACUCAGCAUAUUUUUUACAUAUCAAUUUAGUAAAACAUUAAUUAAUUUAUUAUAAGUAAUGUUUUCCGUUUAAUAUUUUCCUUAAAUAAUUGUUAAAUUAAAAAUACACAUUUCGAUGUAAAAAUAAAUAAAUUUCAUUAAUUUUUUUAAUGUUUUUUUAUUAACAAAAAUGAACUUAGUUCAAGUAAAGUUCGAUUAUGAAAUAUUCAGUUAUUU